UCUCUCUCUCUCUCUCUCAAUUUUUUUUUUUUUUGGGUUGACACCAGCCUUGGAGUAUUAUUCUUACAGUGAUGGUGACAGUUCAAACAGAAACAGAGGAAGUAGACGAUCAAGUUGGCCGUCAAAGCAGCGUAAGAAGAGAACAAGAAGUUGGCCCCAACAAAGAAUAUGGCAACACUAGCACCGAAGACGGCGACGAGCUACUUGCAAUCAAUAGCAAGAAAAUGGGGGAUACAACUGACAAGCGGACUUCCAUUGCAAUGGGGGCAAUGGGGAUACACAAUGGUGCAUCAAAUGUUGGUAUUAACAGAGUAACUCAUUCUCCUAGGGGAACUAAUGGGAAAGUCUCAAUAUUGCCCCUUGUUUUCCUCAUCUUCUAUGGGGUAUCGGGGGGACCAUUCGGGGUUGAGGAUACAGUACAUGCAGCUGGCCCCCUUCUAGCCUUAAUGGGUUUUUUGGUAUUUCCCUUUAUAUGGAGUGUACCUGAAGCCCUAAUAACUGCAGAAAUGGGCACCAUGUUUCCAGAAGACGGUGGCUAUGUGAUUUGGGUUUCAUCCGCAUUGGGUGAAUAUUGGGGGUUUCAAAUAGGUUGGAUGAAAUGGCUAAGCGGGGUCAUCGAUAAUGCUCUAUACCCGGUUAUGUUCCUCGACUAUGUAAAGUCGGCAAUCCCGGCAUUAUCUGGUGGUUUGCCUAGAGUCGGAGCGAUGCUAGGUUUGACUGCUAUCCUCACUUACGUUAAUUAUAGGGGUUUAACCAUUGUAGGAUGGGCUGCUGUUCUGUUGGGGGUUCUCUCACUCCUUCCUUUUGGUUUUAUGGGACUUAUCGCGAUACCGAAGUUAAGGCCUAAAAGAUGGUUAGUGGUAGAUUUACACAGUGUUGACUGGAAUUUGUUCAUAAACACACUAUUCUGGAACUUAAAUUACUGGGAUGGGAUAAGUACGUUAACGGGAGAGAUUGAAAAUCCGAAGAAGACUCUGCCAAAGGCUCUAUUCUAUGCUUUGAUUGUAGUUGUAAGUGGGUAUUUUUUUCCUAUACUAAUUGGUACAGGAGCUAUACCCCUCAAUCGAGACCUGUGGACGGAUGGGUAUUUCUCUGAUGUUGCCAAGUUGGUGGGUGGAGUGUGGUUGAGGGUUUGGAUCCAAGUGGCUGCUGCAAUGUCAACUAUAGGAAUGUUCGAGGCUGAAAUGAGCGGUGAUUCUUUUCAACUUCUUGGUAUGGCGGAAAGAGGGAUGCUUCCGACAUUUUUUGCCAAAAGAUCUCUUUAUGGAACUCCUCUUGUUGGUAUUUUAUUUUCGGCUUCUGGUAUUAUUUUGCUUUCAUGGCUGAGCUUUGAAGAGAUAGUGGCCGCGGAAAACUUUUUGUAUUGUUUUGGAAUGAUUUUAGAGUUCAUAUCCUUCAUAAGAUUGAGAAUAAAAUACCCAGCUACAUCUCGGCCUUUCAAGAUACCUGUGGGAACAGUCGGAUCAAUUCUACUAUGUAUUCCUCCGACCAUAUCGAUCGGAGUUGUGCUAGCUCUUUCUUCGCUCAAAGUGGCGGUUAUAAGCCUUGUUGCUGUUGUAAUUGGACUAGUGAUGCAGCCUUGUCUCAAGCAUGUUGAGAAAAAGAAAUGGCUCAAGUUCUCUGAGAAUUCUGAUCUCCCUGAUCCACUAUGUGAUGCUGCUCAUGAGGAUACUGAAACAUUGAUUCAUUAACUAACCAUUGUUGAAUGGACAACAAAAGAAAUGCUUUUUCCUCGUCUAGCUCUCGAAAGGCUCCAAUGGACAACAAAUAUUUUUGUGACCAGUAGCUUUUGUAUCUCAUUAAGGUAUUUGCAUUGUUCAGAUGUUCACGAGUAGGUCAUUAACAGAGGGCGGCAGAAGGGAAUAGUGAUUGAGUUCUAAUUGACACUGUAGAAUGCAUGCAUGUUGAAGCUUAGACUGCAGGUGAUCCCCAAUGAAAUGACCCAAGUUCAAGUCUAUUUAUCUAACCUGCCGAAAAAAUUGUAAUGAAGUUUGUUGAAUC